CCUCCUGAGCUUCCGGCCAUUCUCGACCUUCUUUCGUCGGCCAAGACACGGCCAGUAGUUUUAUUAUCAGCUAGCGUAGCUUGGUGCCAUUUGAGUUGAGAGUAGCACUUUGUCUGAGAUUAUGGAAGGACCUGUGAGCGCGUCGAUGGGUGUCAUGGUCCCUUUGCUGUCCAAGCUCAUCGAGAGCAUGGAACAGCCGAGGUUCAAGGACCUGAAGAACGACUUGAAGUCCCUCAGGGCCGAGCUCGCAUCCAUGGAAGCUGUAAUGCUCAAGUUCGCCACGCAGGACGACACUGACCUGCAGGUGAAGGAGUGGAUGAGGCAGGUGCGGGAAGUGGGCUACGACACCGAUGACUGGAUCGACAGCCACCCUCUGGUGGCUGCGGAGACGAAGGGGUCACGCAUCUUCAGCCGGAACAACCGGCGGAGGAAGCUCGCUGAGCUGAUAAAGGAGCUCAAGGACCGCGUCGAGGAUGCCAGCCAAAGGCGGACCAGGUACAUGCUCCAGAGCGCCCCUGUCGUGGACGACGUCACCGACGACCUCCGCCCCAGCAACGUCACCGUCGACCCUCAGCUUCUGUACGGUGUUAGCCGUAGGCUGGUUGGACUGGAUGAGCCUAUGGAGGAGCUCGUCCGCGAACUGAGGCCUGGCGGCGGCGAGCAGCAGCACUUCAAGGUGGUGUCCAUCGUCGGAGGCGGUGGCCUUGGCAAGACCACGCUCGCCAAGGAGGUGUACCGAAAGAUCCACGGCGAAUUUGUCUCUUGUGCAUUCGUCACUGUCGGCCAGAACCCGCAUAUUCCGACGGUUCUGCUCAACAUGCUCCGCCAGCUCAACCCCCUGCAGCCGCAAGGGGAUGACACUGAGCAACAGAUGGAUGAACCCACAGUAGUCGGCAAGAUCAGGGAGUUCCUCGACAAAAAGAGGUACUUUAUCACCAUUGACGAUAUAUGGAGUAUAUCUGCUUGGAAGGACAUCAAAUACGCUCUACCCGAGAAUACUCCUGGAAGUAGAAUAGUGGCCACGACACGUAUCAGCGAUGUAGCGAAAUCGUGUUCCGUCCGCCCCACGGAUUUCACCUAUCCGAUGAAGCAUCUUAGCAAGACUGACUCCAAGCAACUGUUUCUCGGCAGACUGCAGUCUCCUAAGAAAAUUUACUCUUCUGAGACUGACCUGGAAGAAGGGGUUUUCCAUGAUGUUUGGAACAUAUGCGGCGGCAUGCCACUAGCGAUGAUCGUCAUUGCCGGUAUGCUGAACAGGAAAUCGCCAGGCUGCCCUGAGGACAAUAAAAGCAUCAAGAAAGCACUGGAGAAACACCCGACGUUGCAAGGGAUGAGGAGGAUACUACGCAUCUGUUACUCUGAUCUCUCUUUACCCGUGAGAACUUGCUUGCUGUAUCUGAGCAUCUUCCGGCCGGAGGAUGAAACGGUGGAGAAGAACCGGCUGAUAUGGAGGUGGAUAGCCGAAAGGUUCAUCCCAGUCCUAAAGCAGGAGCAGGUCACGUUAUGGGAGACGGCCGAGAGCUACUUCAACGAGCUCGUCAACCGACAGCUGAUCCAGCCGGUGGAGGCGGGGGACGUCGUGAAGGUGAAGGUGCACGACGUGGUCCUCGAGUUCAUCGCGUCUGUCGCUGCCGAGGAGAACUUCGUCACCUCGGACAUGGUGCUGCGUUGCAAGCCACGUGACAUCGUCCGGCGGGCCUCCCUCAACUGCAUCGACGACGACGAGAGCACCGGAGGCCUGUCUCAGGUCCGUUCGCUGACGGUGUUCGGCGUCCUCGCCGAGCCCAUGAAAUCGAGCAUCGUCUACUUGCAGCUGCUGCGAGUGCUCGACUUCAAAGACGCCAAGGGGCUGAAAGAUGAAGAUGUACAAGGUCUCGAGAGGCUCUUCUUCCUCAAGUACCUUGGGCUCGGCGGCAAGUUCGUCACAAAGCUCCCAGAGAAGUGGAAGGAGCUCCAGAACUUGGAAGCCCUGGAUGUGAGGGAGACCGCCGUCAAGGAGCUUCCAGAGGCGAUCGCCCGGCGGUGUAGCAAGCUGGCGUGCCUGCUCGCCCGUCGCCUCGCCGUCGGGGAGGGGAUGCACAGCUUGCUGCACCUGCAGGAGCUGUCUAUGGUGAGCGUCACCGAUGCGGCCUCGCUGGACCGCAUGACUAAUCUGGUGGUGGGCCUGACCAAGCUGAGGAAGCUUGGCGUGAGUUUGUUUUUCGACGCCACGGGCGACCAGCACCAGCACGCCGUGGCCGCCGCUGCUCCCGACGACGCCAAGCUCGCCGCCUCCCUCGAGCGGAUCGAGAAAUGCGGCGUCGAGUCGCUCCUCCUGGACGUCGUCGGCGAGGGCAAGACGCGCGCGGCGCUGGAUCAGCUCGUGGAGAAGUGGGCACUGCCGCGUCGCCUGCAGAAAUUCACCAUGAGGAGCGAGCACUACUACUUCCCCAAGGCGCCGCCCAAGAUGGCCCCUCACGAAUCCCUCUCCCACCUCGAGAUCUCCAUAGCCGAGCUAAGGAAGAGCGACGUCGGCGUGCUCUGCACCAUGCCUUCCCUCUUCUACCUCAAGUUGAGCACAAGAUCGUCUCCGCUGGAGGCGGAUCAGACGGUGGUCAUCACCAACGUGGGAUUCCAGUGCCUCCAGGUGUUCUGGUUCAAGUGCCAGGACGGCGGCCUGGGGUUCGACUUCGGAGACGGAGCCAUGGCCCAGCUUCUGAAGCUUGAUCUCCACUUCAAGCAGGCGAAGAAGCCCAAGCUUACCGGCAUCAGCAACCUCUCUUCGCUCCGGCAAUUCCACGCCACCGUCUGCUGCGGUAAAGAUGAUUCAGAAUUUAAGGCUACAGAAGAAAACAUCAAGCAAAUCGUAUCAAAUCACUCCAAGAAUCCCACCUGGGAGGUCACCAUGGAGAUGGAGAUCGACAAGCCUACUGCAGCCAUCUCAAUUUGAUGGAUGCUACCAAAACUCAAGACGCAAAAUUACUUCUUCAACAUGCAUUUCGUGGAGGAAGCCAUCUUCAGGACGGCCGCCUACCACAAAUCCACAAUCUAUCAAGCUUUUGUCUGUUUUAUUCUAUCGUACGUCAAGAAAUAAUUAGUGGCAUCUAAGACACUUUUGUCUCUUGCACGAGGUUUAUUAGGUGGCAUCUUGUAAUCUUUCGUGAUUUCAGGCUUUUAUUAAUUUCCUUAUAUGCAUGUAUGCUUCCAAAACCUUAUUUAUUUUUCUCUUUUGAUCUACUUCUCAUAGUAGAUCUUCUUGUUUAAUUUCUGCGAAUGUUUCUAUCUGUGUGAUUUCUAUUUUCAUCGUAGUAAACGUUAUGCCGUUAUGCUAUGUUGAUUUUCUGUAUUUUUUUUUGAAACACGGAACAAACAUAGAUAUUUACAAUGCGCACAUACUCACCCAUGAAAGUGCAUAUCUAUGCUUAACUCUAUGAGCAUCUCCAAAAAAUUGGGGCGGUAUAUCUUAAAAUUGAUAAAGUCAACAAGAAUAUCUUGCUAUCGAUAUAGCUAGCUAUAAGGCCGAGACCCAACGGCCCAGCCCACGACACGGCCAUUUGGCCCAGCGCAAGCACGGCGCAGCACGAUUGAUGUCGGGCUUGUGCUGGCCUGGCUCUAUAGUUGGCCCGUACCUCGCUGAUGCCUUGGCACUGUGGGCCGGCUCAGCACGGCACAGUCAAAAAAAAAAUACUUGAGGGAUACAAAACAGAUUUAUUCCAGUAAUAUAAGGUAGAACCCAAAGAAAAGAGA